GGGAGACCCGGAUAUAGGAAUGCAGGGCCCAGGGGAGACCGGGAUAUAGUGAAAUUGCAGGGCCCGGGAGAGGAACCAGGAUAUAGUGAACUGCAGGGGCCCGGGGAGACCGGAUAUAGUGGAUUCAGGGCCCGGGGGGGCCGGAUUAUAGUGCAAUGGCAGGGUCCGGGGAGAGCGGAUAUUAGUGAAUGCAGGGUCCGGGGAGAGCGGAUAUAGUGAAUUGCAGGGUCCCGGGGAGAGCGGGAUAUAGUGAAUGCAGGGGUCCGGGGAGAGCGGAUAUAGUGAAUGCAGGGUCCCGGGGAGAGCGGAUAUAGUGAAUGCAGGGUCCGGGGAGAGCGGAUUAUAGUGAAUGCAUGGGGUCCGGGGGAGAGCGGAUAUAGUGAAAUGCAGGUUCCGGGGAGAGCGGAUAUAGUGAAUGCAGGGUCCGGGGAGGCGCGUAUAUAGUGAAUGCAGAGGUCCGGGGAAGCGGAUAUAGUGAAUGCAGGGUCCGGGGGAGAGCGGAUAUAGUGAAUGCAGGGUCCGGGGAGA